CCUCUUCUCUCCACUCGACCUAAUUUCCAACCUAUCCUUAAAACCCACCCUUCGGACUCCCCCGACUGGACUCUCCUCUCUUCUGCUUUCUCAUUGCCUUUCCAACUCUUUACAACAAUUGGGACAGUCUGCGAGUUAGUCAUCGUUUUUUCUCUUGUCCAACCCGAAUUAUACUACCUUUCAAAUUGGUUCUCAGGGGGAUCAUGGAUAUCGCCCUCGAAGUCUGGGACACCUUUAUUGGUGACCGCUUAUACGCCGCACUUCUCCCCGUCUCCCUUUCGUCCUCAGUUUCGUUUCCUGGCUUCAAUCAUGCGGCCAAUAGCAGCCUGUCCUUCUUCGGCGCAUCCCAACCCUUCAUCUACGAACCGGCCACAUAUCUGAUCUAUCUGGAACCCUCGAAGUACGCGUACAUGAGUGCCUGGCCCAGGAACAACAUCUACCGCCAAUUCCUGAGUUUCUUCUUGAUUGUCUGGUAUGCAAAGAGCCCCUUUCGCUAAGGCUGGAUUCGGCGUCUAAUGAUCAUCUAUGGAAAAGGAUAUUCGGCCUUAUCACCUAUUUCAUAUCUGCAACACUAUCUUAUAUAUUUAUCUGGGACAAGACUACCGUUAAACACCCGAAGUUCCUCAAAAACCAAAUUCCCAUGGAGAUCGCACAGACCAUGGGAUCUAUGCCCAUCAUGUCUCUUCUGACUGCCCCCUUUUUGGUCGCCGAGGUCCGGGGUUAUGCCAAGUUGUACGAUGGUUUCUCCGACGAGCCUUUUCCGUACUACAGCAUUAUACAGUUCCCGUUGUUCAUUGCAUUCACCGAUUUCUGCAUCUACUGGAUCCACCGCGGCUUACACCAUCCGUUGAUCUAUAAGUCUCUACAUAAGCCGCACCAUAAGUGGAUUAUGCCCAGCCCAUUCGCCUCGCAUGCCUUCCAUCCGCUGGAUGGAUGGUCUCAGAGUGUCCCAUACCACGUAUUUCCAUUUAUCUUUCCACUUCAGAAGGUCGCCUAUGUUUUUCUCUUCGGAUUUAUCAACCUCUGGACCGUAUUGAUCCAUGACGGCGAAUAUGUUGCCAACAGCCCGGUCAUCAAUGGAGCUGCCUGCCACACAAUGCACCAUCUUUACUUCAACUAUAAUUAUGGGCAAUUUACCACACUAUGGGAUCGAUUGGGAGGGAGUUACCGGAAACCAAACGAGGAACUUUUCCGCCGUGAGACAAAGAUGGACAAGGAGGAAUGGAAGAAACAAACCAAAGAGAUGGAGUCUAUCCUCAAGGACGUUGAGGGAGACGAUGAUCGCAAAUACCUAGUCGAAGAUGAGUCUAAGAAGGACCUGUGAUUAACGCAACAGGCCCUGUCAUGCCACUUCCUGCCUUCUUUUCAUCCAAAUCUCCUUGGAACUACUGUUGGCUGGUUUAGACAACCGUUACGAAUAGUAUAGGUUGUCAAACUCCUCUCGGGGAGCGGCAAGUUCUUUCUGGGCACCGCUAGAUUAACGGGGAGAGCCACAGCCGUCUUCUGGGUGGAGCUAACAAUAUCCUGAGUUGGAUCUUUUGCUUCUGACAGUGAGUGCUACGAUAUUUAUGUUUUUUUUUUAAUUCGUCCCGUUCGUGUGUCUUUGCCCUCAGUUCUUCCCCUGACCACGUCGUAUAAUACUCAUUCUAGUAUAUUAGUUACUGCAUUCCUGUUUUUGUAUUCAUGAUCAGUCAUCAACAAAUCGUGAUAUAAACCAUUGUCAAUGGUGAAAAUCACUGCAAUUCCCUCCCAUGUUCAUGGUUUCGUUGUAUAUACAUACUUUAAUCUUAAUUAAAAGCAGGAAUGAAAAUCAAUAUAGAGCAUUUUUACUCGUUUCUCACUGCCACGAUUCAGGCCCUUACCCUAUGCUUAGAUGUGCCUUUUACAAUCUGCCGAAGACAGUACUAUGAGGCCAGCUUACUCAGUUUCAUCCAAUUUUUGAUUGCACCACCUCGAUUGUCC